CGCAAAAUGAUUAUUUGUGAAAGCAGGAAUGCCGGUGUGCCAUUUGUGGUUUUAGCGUUGUGUAGAUGUGACGCUGUAGACGCGUUGUAACUGGAACAUCCUAUUAGUUGUUAUUGUGUCCAAGACGCUACGAACACCUACCAUGACGCUUCCUGUCAGCCACAAGACCGUGUUCGUGCUCGAUCACAGCCCGUACUUUCUCACCUCAUGUCAGCAACACAUCGAGUUUGACAUCUUCACGAAGACGCGGCAGCCAGGCAUCAUUCCGCUGGCUCCCAUCUCGAAAUCACUCUGGACAUGCAGCGUCGAAGCGGCGUUCGAGUACUGUCGCAUCGUUUGGGACGUUUUUCCCACGAGUAAGCUGAUCAGAUUCGUCGUCAGCGGCACUUCGGCUCGCUAUUUGAAUUCGUGGAUGCAGGAAGACCAGAGUAUGUCUUACCUGAUGGCGGUUAUGGCCCAAGUUGGCGCGCCUUCCGAAACUGGCUCUUCAAAGGACUACAACAUUAUCACCGGACUCACCGCCGCGAUAGAAGCCCUGUGCGAGUGCAGUGAAGUGCAGCACGAGUGCCGCACGUCGCUUACUGAAACGGCUGGGAAGAUGGUCAACAGAGGCCGAAUCGUGUGCAUCACGUCUAUGAAGUCUGACGCCGAGAUACGAACUCUCGAGGAGAGGUUUUAUAACAUCCUAACAGAACACAACAAACUAGCGUCUGGCACAGAUUGCCUUAUGCCAGUUCACAAGUGCGAGUUGGUCGUGCUCCUUACCUGUCCUGUCAAUAAGGAGAUAGAUAUGACCGGCUUUUCAAAGCGUGAUGUUGGAUCUGUGCUAAGCAGCGAGGUUCAUAGGUGCCGAUCGGGGAGGCAUCUAGCCGUGAAACUGGGAUACCUGGUUCAAAUACACUACAACCUCGCCUCCACGACUGUAACCGGGAUCCCUAUGAAGGAAGAACAGAACGCGAAUUCAUCCGCAAACUACGACGUUGAACUUCUGCACCCAGCUGCUGCUCACACAGAGCUGUUCAAGACUGGCUUCAGUAAUACCGAAGGUGUACACGUAAGCACGGUGAAAGAAGGACAAGCAUACGAAACAGUCACGUUAAAAUGGUGCACUCCGCGCUCCAACAGUGUAGAAUUGCAGUACUGCACAGGAGCAUUCAGGAUUACCCCCGUAGAUAUCAACAGCAGACCGUCGUCUUGCCUCACAAACUUUCUCCUCAGUGGCCGAGCAGUAAUGCUUGAAAUGCCAAGGAAGUCGGGCUCCAAAGUGAUGUCCCAUAUGCUUGCCAGUCAUGGUGGAGAGAUAUAUAUUCACACGUUGGGGACGGGUCGGUCCACACUCGAAGACCCGCCUUCGAUUAGCGAGGGCUGUGGCGGGAGAGUUACUGAUUACAGAAUCAACGACUUCGGGGAGUUCAUGAAGGAUAACAAGCUUGUGCCCUUCAACGUUGGUCCGAAUGAUCGCCAGGAGCUGCCUAUUCAGCGUGCCCUGAAGAGACUGCAAAGGCUGACCCAGUAUUGGCCCAUGGUGAUUAGCCAUACAACCAUCUUCAACAUGGCCUCACAGUUGGACCCUCUUCUUACACUAAUAACCAAGGAGAGCUUGACACCGGAUGAAAUCAUAGAGUGCAAGAAGGUCAUUUACCUUCUUGUCAGCAUGGAGAGCAAGGGUACUGCCCUGCCUGUGCCCACCAUUGGAAUGCGUGGCAAAGGGCCCAAGCGCGAGGAACAAUACCGAACCAUGUGGAAUGAGCUGGAGAACUACAUUAGGAUGCACUGCGUGACAGCUGAACACAAUGUUAUUUUGGAUUGUCUCUUGGAGUGCAGGAAACCAGCCGAAUGCGAUGCUAGUGGAAAUAGCCAGAAGGCUAACAACAUUACAGGUAUUAAAAAAACUGAGAAGGGACUGUCUGUAAAGGAUGAAAAAGGUGAAGGGAAAUGGUCAGAAGUGGAUCUGAGCUGGCGGGAAGGCAAGCUUGGGGACGCAGACAAGGUAGAAGAAGGGAGCUGCAAACCUCCUUUGGUGAAGAAAGCGCGUAGUAGUGGUCUUGACGGAGACAUGCUGGGCUCGACCAAUCUUCUGCAUCUGUGGCGGAACAAAGUGAGCACAGAGAAUGCGAGAAGACACGUCGAGUUCGCUGGACGAUUAAAUGGCGAUGGUAAAGUGGCUAAGUUGUACCCAAAUCUGAACAUUGAUGGCAAUGAUAAUGAAAAUGAGUCAAAGCCAAAUGCUACUGCCAGGUCCUGAGCGGUGCAAUGAAAUGCUCCUUGAAGCAUGUUUGUAUAUAUGUAUAAAGACAAUGUGCAUCAAUAAAUGUUCAGUGAAACAUA